UGGUAUUUGAAUCUGCAGUUAUGAACGAUAACGAGAAAGGUUUUGACGAAUGUGUCGGAGUUGUGCGGGCCAUAAUGGGCUUAAUAGGCUUAUGGCCAAUGAAAGAAUGGAAAGGUUUCCAAAAAUUUCAAACAAUCGGGGUGCUGCUGAUUUUAUUUCUUUGUUCGCUCAUUCCACAAGUAACACAACUCUUGAUUGGAGAUAAUGAUUUUAAUACAGUAAUUGAAAUCUUAGUUAUUAUGGUAUUGAUAGAAAUUGUAACGAUUGUAAAAUUAUUUGCUUUGUGGUACAAUAAUGAAGGUAUGAAACAUAUAGCCAUACAAAUUUGGAAAGAUUGGCAAGUAUCGACUGAGAGUGAAAUGCACGUUAUGAAAAGUAAUGCUCGAAAAACUAAGUUUAUUUCAAUUUUUUGUAUAUCGUCAAGUACGGCAUCAGCUAUGAGUUAUGCCACUCAAUUUUUUGUCGCCGUCUAUACAGAUGAAAUUUACGUUAAUGCCACUCAUUUGAGACCAUACUUUUUGCAAGCUUAUUUUCCUUUUGGUUCUCAUUAUAGUCCAAUGUAUGAAAUAAUAUGUUGCUGGCAAGUCAUUGCUGCCCUCGUUAGUUGCCUCGUAUUUUCAUCGUUUGAUGGAUUCUUUAUAUUUUCCAUACUUCAUUUUAGUGGUCAAUUACGCAUUUUAUCAAAACGCAUGAGAAAUCUAGUUGAAGAGUAUCACUCUGAAAAAUCACUUUUUCCAAAAUUACUCGAAUCAGUAAUUCGCAAACAUCUUUUCAUAAUAAGAAAUACGGACUCCAUAGAACAUAAUUUCAAUAAAAUAUUUUUAACGCAAAUAGUUAUUACAUCUUUUCUGAUUUGUUUACAAUGGUAUCAACUGGCAACAAUAUUGACAGAUAAUGGACCAAUCGAUGUAGGAAAUUUAAUUUUCAUUAUUUGCUUCGUAGUCGGCAACAUGUUCAGCAUAUUUAUGUUAUAUUUUAUAGCUCAGAAAAUUCAUAAUGAAAGUAAAAGAUUAUUACACUCUGUUUAUGAAAUGACGUGGUAUGAACUUUCACCAAAAUAUUCACGGUUAUUGCUCAUUUUAAUGAAUAGAUUAUCUUUACCCAUUCAAAUUACUGUCGGUAAAUUUGCACCAUUUUCAUUAGAAUAUUUUGCAAUUUUAGUCAAAACUUGUGCCGGAUACUUUUCUGUAUUGAUUGCCGUCAAAAAUAAAUUAAAUGAAAAUUCUAUGAUAGAUUGGCAAUCGACUAAAACUCAAGAACAAGAAAGUAGCAUGUAUGAAAAUGCUAGAGUAGUAAGAAAAAUCUCCAUGAUUUGCUGCGUACUAGGUUUCAGUUCAGUUACCGGACAUUUAAUGAUUCGUAUAUGCCAAGAGCUGGAUUUUAUACCAAAUUAUGAAAAAAAACGCGAACCCAUGUAUUUAGGGGCUGGUCUUGCAACAUUAGUGUAUUCGGGCUCACAUUGUCUGUUUGUUGGAUUAAUGCUUCAUUUGAGAGGACAAGUAAAAAAUUUGAGUAACACUUUUAGAAACAAUAGGACACGCAUAAAUAAACACGAAAGACAAGAUAGUAAACUUUUCAAAAACUUCAUAAAGUCUGUUGUCAUAAGACACAAUGAUUUGUACGACUCAACAUUUAUUUGCUUACUGAUAAGUUCGGCCAUGAAAAUUGAAAAAGUUUUUAGUAAGGUGUUUUUUGUUGAACUUCUUACCUGUACUAUUCAGCUUUGUCUGCAAGUAUUUUUAUUGAUGCUCCAUGUAUCAGAGCGAAGUAAAGGAUUGCAUUUUCAAAUUAUAUUUAUGGUGGUUUACGUAUUGCACAUAGGCACUCACAUAUUUAUAUGCUGCUAUGUAGCAGAUAAACUUCAAGAUGAGUGUUUAUUAUUUGGAAACACUAUUUAUAAUUAUGAAUGGUAUGAUUUACCACCCGAAGAUGUUCGAGUAUUGAUUAUUAUUUUACGUCGUUCAGAAUUACCGAUGCAAAUAACAGCUGGAAAAUUUGUAAUAUUUUCUUUAUCUCUUUUUGCUAAGAUUUUAAAGACAUCUGGUGGAUAUUUAUCUAUGUUGUUGGCGGUUACAGACAUUUAAUUAAUUCAAUUCAAAGAAUGCUACCUACACAAAUUUAGCACUCCGUAAAAUUGUAUAAAUAUGCUACGUAAUAAAAUAAAUUUUUUCUGUAGGAAGUUACUACUUUCUAUAAAAUGA